GGAAAUAGUUUACUACGCUAUCGAAAAUUAGCAUUUUGGUGCUAUCAUUCGACUUAGGCUGAUUGUGAUUUGCUUACAUUGGAUUUCUUGUAAUAGCAGAGGAAGUCUUGUGUAUUUACUAAAAAAAGGUAAUGUGAAUACAUCAUGUGUUUGCCGCUUUAUUAAGUAGCGUCAGUUACUCAGCUAACAUUAGCUUAACUCCACCAUUAGCUGUUGCUGCUGUUUUGUUGACGCCUGGCUGCAGAGAAGAAUUUGUUGCUGUCAGCUACGGUUAGAGGCAGUGAGUAAUUAUGGCCGACCCUGCACGGAUCAAAGCUGAGGAUGCAUCCGAGAGGACGACUUCUGCUUCCGCGGAGCAUCCUAAAUCAGAGGAAACUGAAGAUGUACCUGCCACAUCAAACCCCACACAUGAAAACAAAGACUCGUCCUCGCAAGACCAGUCCAAACAGGAGGUUAAAUCUGAAACAGCAGGUGGAGAAGAUGAGGAAGAAGGAACCUCUAGCCAGCCUAGUUCCAAAAGACUGAAGGUGGAACCAGAGAAGAAGAAGGAGAAGCGCCACAAGGUUGAUGAAGAUGAAAUACAAAAGAUGCAGGUUCUGGUGUCAUCCUUUUCUGAAGAGCAACUGAAUCGCUAUGAGAUGUACAGACGGUCUGCCUUUCCUAAGGCUGCUAUUAAGAGGCUGAUCCAGUCCAUAACAGGAUCAUCAGUGUCCCAGAAUGUAGUAAUUGCCAUGUCUGGUAUUUCCAAGGUUUUUGCUGGGGAAAUUGUUGAGGAAGCACUGGAUGUUUGUGAGAAAUGGGGAGAUACACCACCUCUACAACCCAAACACAUGAGGGAAGCAGUGAGGAGGCUGAAGAGCCGAGAUCAGAUUCCUAACACCAAGUACAAGAAUAUUCUCUUUCACUGAGACACCAGUGUUUUACACAUUAUAGGGAUGAUGGAGACAGAGGACUGCCUGUGAUGGUGAAACCACUGUAACCACACAGCAACCAACUGGGCAGAGAUUAUUUUCUACUACCUGAUUAAGCUCAGUAUUGACUGUAUUAUUGAAGAAAGGUCAAGGCAGCAGUAAAGUAGACCUGGCAUUCAACUCUAAUUGUCAAGGUAAAUGCUUGAUGCAACACACAGUUCAUUCAGUCAGUCUUUGUUAAGGACACAACUAAUGGGGUCCAUAGCAAGGCAUAAAAUUAUAUACAUAUAUUAAGGUUGUAAAUACAAUUUUAUACUUGAAAAUCUAGUGUUUUGUUCUUGUGCCUCAGUUAUUUUGGAGAAAGGCUUUUCAAGCUCAUGUUUUUUUAAGAGGAAAUGAAAUUGGUUUAAAUGAGGUGAUAAUGACAAUCAAACAUUUUUCCAGAUUUAUAGGACAGUUGUUUUUGUCUCAUAAUUUAGCUCAUCUCUCGUAUUCUAGGCUUGUGAAAUCAAAUUUAUAUGUUCAUGUUUUAUUUUGGAAAUAUGUAGACUUUUUUUUAUUGAGGUUAAAGGCAAACAAACUAUGGAUCACACUGGUAAAAUAACUGUAAUGAGCAGUAAGAUACAAUGUUUGUACAUCUUCAGAAUUGCAUUUUAUAUUAAAACACAAAGACAGAA